AUGAACGCAGUUCAACAACAACAACCCCUCCAACAAGUCCCCAAGCAAAUAUCCGCCCCCAAAAUGACAACCCAGCAAAAGAAAAAGAUCACACCAGGCAUUUCUCUGGCUGCUGGUGCCGUCGCUGGUGGAAUUGAAGCGAGUGUUACUUAUCCUUUUGAAUGGGCCAAGACUGUGUCGCAGUUGGGCGCUAGACAACAGGGUGUCAAGGUUUCGCGGUCGCCUUUUGCUGUUAUUGGUACUACGAUUAAGAGCGAUGGGUUCCGGGCUAUUUACACGGGAUGCUCUUCGUUGAUCACUGGUACUGCUGCCAAGGCUGGUGUUCGUUUCUUGACUUUUGACUCUGUCAAGGCUCAAUUGGCUGAUUCAAAUGGCAAACUCACACCUGGAAAGAAUAUUCUAGGUGGUAUGAUUGCUGGUGCUGUUGAGAGUGUGACUGUCGUCACACCCACUGAGCGAAUCAAGACUGCUCUUAUCGACGAUGCGCGAUCAGGAAACAAACGUCUAAACGGCGGUUUCCACGCCCUCCGCACCAUUGCCGCCGAGCGCGGCAUCAAGGAAGUCUAUCGCGGUCUCACCUCCACAACCCUCAAGCAAUCCGCCACAUCAGGAGUCAGAAUGGGCUCGUACAACAUCUUGAAAGAGAUGGUCGGCUCAGACGCCAAGAACCCCUUCAUCACUUUCGGUAUCGGUGCAGUCGCUGGUGUAGUCACCGUGUACGCGACACAGCCUUUCGACACCAUCAAGACGAGAUCGCAGUCUGCCAAGGGUGUUUCCAUGGGUGAGGCUUUCACGGCUGUUUUGCGGGAUGGUGGUGUGAGAGCUUUCUGGAGUGGAAGUACCAUGAGACUUGGACGACUUAUCUUGAGUGGUGGUAUUGUGUUUACUGCUUAUGAGAAUAUUGCUGCUCUAUUGAUGGGUGGAAAGUAG